AGGGACCGCAGCGCCCCGCGCUCGUGGAGCAGGGUCCUACCUGGGCAGCUUUGUCGGUGAAUGCUAGGAACGCUGGGACUUUGAUCGUGCGAUCAGCAGCUCUCCACCUGCUCAUGAUGGCUGCGAACAAGAGUAAAGGCCAGAGCUCCUUGGCCCUGCACAAGGUGAUCAUGGUUGGCAGCGGAGGGGUCGGCAAGUCGGCGCUGACGCUUCAGUUCAUGUAUGAUGAGUUUGUAGAAGACUAUGAGCCUACCAAAGCUGACAGUUACAGGAAGAAAGUGGUUCUGGAUGGAGAGGAAGUCCAGAUCGACAUUCUGGACACGGCCGGCCAAGAAGACUACGCCGCCAUUCGCGACAACUACUUCCGGAGUGGGGAGGGCUUCCUGCUGGUGUUCUCCAUCACCGAACAGGAGUCCUUCACGGCCACGGUGGAAUUCAGGGAACAGAUCCUCCGUGUGAAGUCUGAGGAAGACAAGAUCCCGCUGCUGGUGGUGGGAAACAAGUCCGAUUUGGAGGAGCGGAGGCAGGUGCCGGUGGAGGAGGCCAGGAGUAAGGCGGAGGAGUGGGGCGUGCCGUACGUGGAGACCUCGGCUAAGACACGGGCCAAUGUGGACAAGGUGUUCUUUGACCUCAUGAGAGAGGUCAGAGCCAAGAAGAUGUCAGAAAACAAAGACAAGAACGGCAAGAAAAGCAGCAAGAGCAAGAAAAGUUUCAAGGAAAGGUGUUGCUUGCUGUGAGUGUGUGCUGGUGGUCGCAGGCAGUCGUCACUCAGGACUUGGGACCUGGUCCACUAACACAGCGUGCGGCUGACAUCCUGCGUCAUGCUUCCUCUCUGCUUGGCCCACUCACGCAUGCUCCUGUAAACAGCGGAUGGGCGUGAGGCAGUGGCUGGCCGGAGAAACGCCCCAGGUCUCUCUGCUCUGCAGUGGCUGCCAGGCCAGCAGGUUGUGUGAGGAGUCCUCUCCCUCCUCCCUACACCCCCACCCCCCUUUCCUAACCUGUAGCGUUGUAGGUGGGAGUGAGUGAAGCAAUUAAUGGAAGAAUACAGUCAUAGCAUCUUUUCUUUAGGUUUUGUUAAAAAAAAAAUUUAAAGAUUCUCAUCUUUUGUUUUGAAAUAAAGAUGCCUUAAUAAGUUUUUGAAAGGAGGGGGACGAGGUAAGACUGCUACACCCCUUAUCUACAAGAAAGAAAGGAAAUCCGCUCAGCUCUAUUGGUGCUGGAAAAAACAGGGAAGUUUUGGAUCCGUUCCCUAGUGUUGCUCGGUGCAUCUGACACGCAUCUGGGAAACGAGCUCACAUCGGACUGUGCAGGUCAGUGCCAAGCUCUUCGAUCCUGUGUGUGUCUGUGAAAAGUGAAAAUGGCCCGUUGUGGCCUUCAGUACCAAACGGUUAGAAUCAACGUGGGUUGUUUUGCUCCAGCAACACCUGACCUGUGGGUCUACUUGAGUGAAGACUCAUGAGUUGUACAUUUCACAGAUGACCCCAUUUUCUAAUCAGGUUUUUGUUCCCAUUUUGGCUAAGUCCUCGCCUCCUUGCAAUCACGUGGUCCUGCCUUGCCUCCUUCCCUACAACCCGGAAGCCUUCUUCCCUCCAGCUGCUCCUGGCAGUGGCUGAGGGAGCCACUGCUUCCAUCUCCUCAGGCACCCCAGGGAUCCUGCUGAAUGGUGCAGCCCGCUAAAGCUCUGUUCCCACACCACGGAGCCAGAGCCUGGGCUGGGCACUCUGCUACCUCCCAGGGUGAUCGCUGGGUAACUGCAAAUGUGGAGCCAGGAGCAGCAGGGACAGACAGGAGAAACCUGGGGGUCUCCUGGCUUGGAGGGUUGGCCAUACUUAGGGAAGUGGGUGGGCAGAUACUCUACGGCCGAGGGAUUUCUCCAUCUUCCAUCUCGUGGGAAGGAGUAUCGAGGAAAAGCCUGCUGUGCACAGGUCUUCUCCCUCUCCCCCCUCUUUUUUCAAAAGAGACAUUUUAUGCAAGGUGCCAAAAGGGAAUGGGGGUGGGGAGGACGGGACCCUUCCACAUCUUACAGUGCUCACUGAGACUAUCCGCAUUCUGAUCCUCCUGGAGAGCAAUCUUGUCAUCUCCCAAAGAAUCAUGGACCUUUUUAUUUUUGUUGUUGUUGAAUAAAAAGCAAACCAACGUACUGUCA